CAUGUGCAACAGAAACAGAAUCUUGUCUUGUGUUGCACUUUACAAAAGCUUUGACACACAAGAUGUAAAGCUUCCAGAAGUGAAACAUGAUUGUUGUUCCUGCUGUCAUGCAUCCUGUGACGUAAUGGUAUGAGGUAAUGGUAUGUGUGCAAUGCCUUUUUUUGAACUUAGGAGAGGGUUUGCCAAAAGUUUCAAAGCAAGGAGAAGUGUGAACUGUAUCCAAGCCAGAGAAGCGCUAAUGUAACAUCAUUCUUUGAUAAGCAAUUUUUUGUUGGCAUAUCAAAGAGUAUCACCAAGGAGCUUCAAGGCCACUUACCUUUUAUAACAAGCAUUGACUAUAUUCUUAGCCAAACUCCCAUUUACAAAGAGCAUCAUGCUGGAGAAAUAGUUCUCAUAGUGCAUGAUAUCUUUGGUGAUAUAACAGAUAUAGAAGUAAGCAAGGCACAAAAUGCUGCUAGAGACAGGAAUGAAGAAGUACAGAGUUUGUCCUUGCCAGAGUGGCUCUUUUGUCCCAAGUCAGAUGCAGAUAGUACAUCUGGAAGUGACAAAAGUGAUUUGUCUGAUGGUAUAGAAGCAUUAGAUGCUAAAGAUGACUCGAGAUAUUAUUCACCCUAAUUAAUAGUAUGCAACUGCUGAGAGCUGUUAAUUGCUAUCCAUAAGUCAUUAUUAUUUAAUCCAGUCAAUCUAUUUGUGCUUAUUUGUAUCCAAGUUCAAAAUGAAAAGUAACUGAUUUGGUGCAAUAGGAUAGGUUUUUAAACACACAUUAUUUUAACAAACUUAAGAACCAGAUUGUCUAAAAUUUAAGAAACAUUUUGGAAACAUCCUCCAGCUGAUUUAGGCAAAAAAGAAAUAUUUUCCUUUUUUUCUCUUCAAAUAAUCAUUUUGAAACUGGCAUGUUGAUUUCACUAUUUGCUUUACAAUCCACCCCUGUUAUGUUAUUCAGUAUUUUUGCUAUCAAAAACAUUUACUCUUUAAAUGAACAUUUAAAAAAUAUUGCAGGCUUAACAAGGCUGAACUUAAAUUUCAUGUUUGUUACAAUAAAAAAGAAUAUAAAAUGAUCCUGUUAAAAUCUUAGUAAUAUUCGUACUUACUCUUUUCUUAGCUCCACUAUGAUGUAAAACCAUAGACAUGCGAUAUGCCAAAGCACUUAGUGUUGGGCUUCUCAUUCUCAUUAAAAUUGCAUACACCAUUGCAAGACCAUGCAAACAUGUUCUGUGCUCUUGUCUUUCUUUGAUUUUCCUUGAUGUAACUGCGGCUUUUAAUACAUGAUACAGCAAAGGGGCUCGUUUUUGCAUUUCAUCAAUGACUCAUUUUUUAGUUUAACUAGUUCUUCACAAUUGUUCUUAGACAGCAAGCUUGGAUUUUUUACAGCCACAACAGUUGACACCUUAUCAACAACUUUGUCCUCAACCCAUUUAAAAAGUAAUGGUUUCAGAUCCUUGUGUUUUUCCAUCUUCUUUAUAACGAAUUUGAUAUCACCAGUAACAGGUGCAAUUAUAAUAGAUGACAGGAUCUCUGACUGAACACACAUUUGCUUUGAGCCUGACAGGUAAUUUAUACGUACCUUUAUAAAAAAAAUUGUGUGUCAAUGUUUGUUUGUUAGUUACUUAUAUAAUAACAGUUAAAUCAUUUGUAAAACAAUCAAUUAGUUUAUAAAUUCUAAUGAUGUGAAAAAGAAUCACAGGGGGUGCUCUCUCCUUGAUAUACUGAGAGCUUCUGCUCGAUAAAUUUCCUUCCAUACAACUCCCCAUUUGUAUUUAAUGAUUUAUUGUUUGUAUUUUUUCUAAAAUAUAUAGAUUCAGUUAUGAUUUGCUAUUUGUAUUGAUUGUUGUGUUUAAUGUAUUGAUUUAACCUGAAUGUUGAGUAUUGUAUGUUGUCUAUUUUAGAAAAUAAAACGGAACUGAACUUUAUAAAAUGACAGCAACCCUCCUGAAUAAAACCACAUUGUGACAUGACAACAUUCCUUCUAUGUUUAUAAGGAUAUUGUUUUACAUUUCAAUCUAUUUGUACUGAAAAAACACUUUGCAUUUUAUAUGAAUAAAAUUAAAAGACUACUAGUAAAAUUUGUGAAUCUAAGAAUUAAUAAAAAACAAUAGCUAGAUGACAGUUAGUCUUUUUAUUUAUCUGAAUAGUUUGCGCAAAUAAGACCAAUAGUUUCAGCUUCACUCCACAAGUUUGUAUUGUGCUGAUAUAUUUCAUUUCUUAAAAUGUUUUCAUGAAAAGAACACCCGAUCCUCGCUCCAUUAUCCAGUUAGUUCUACUAAUGGUUGUACACCAUUACUCAAGGACAACUUGAGUAAUGCUCAUAAUACAUAAUACGUAUUACACCAUUAGUAAAGCACUACACAUUAAUGGUAAUUUAGAAUAUUUUUCGUAUAGAAUUGGUAUAGGGCUACAUCGAGUAUUUCACUCGCACACUUUUUAUCGAUUGGAUUUGUGUAUAGGUUUGGUGGGUGUAUGUUUAAUUAAGAACUUAUUAAGAACAUGUUUAAAUUCCUUUAUCGCAGCCAUAACGGCCCAACAUCGCUCCUUUAUGGGUAUAUUUUGGCAUGUUGUUUGGAUUUUUUUCAUUGCAUAUAUAUGGAUAUAUUGUGGCAUCUAUCGAUUUGUUCCUUACAUUCCCUUCAUGAAUAGUCGGGUAAUUUUAGGUUCCAUUCAGUUCAAUUGUUCAGUUAAGUUGACUGAUUUUAAAUUUCUCUAUAUACAAAUUAAAACUGCUGAAUGCAAAUUAAGAUGCAGAUAAUAAAUACAUAAGACGAUACAUAUAGUAAAGAACAAAGGUACAUGACAUUGGAGGAUUUGUAUGGAGGGGAAUUCUUAAGGAGGAACCCUCACAAUAGCAAAGCUAAUCAAGGAGAGAGCUCCCCCUUUUUAGACAAUAAAUUAGAAACUAUAUGGGUGAGUUAUGACCCAUAUAGUUUCUGACCCAUUUUAAACCAUUUUUGAGUAAUGACCCAUUUUAAAAACCAAAUUAAAAAUUUCUUUAUUAUUCAUCUUUACCUCUUAAUUCACUCUGCAUCAAAUUUAAUGUUAAUUACUUCUAAUAAAAAGUUUAGAUCCGGAUUGAGAUGGAGCAUCAUGCUUUGGUCCAGGAAAUAAUUGUGCUUGGGCUGAAAAAUAACACUUGUGUGAAAAGAAAUGGCAAAGCAAGGCUAAAAAAGAGGCUUCGCAAAUCACUUGAUAAACAAGUUAGCGCAUCGAUUGAAGGUGGAAUGGAAAUUUCAGAUGUCAAAGAAAAGCUAAUUUUUGAGUUGCAAUCAAAGUACACUAAUAAACUUGACCCAAACACAAACAUUCCUAGAACAGUACAAAGGCUGAAAGAGAUAGUGGACACAAAAUCAGAAGACAACCUACCAACAUCAACACUGAUUGCCCAACCCCAGCUAAGCAACUCAGAUUCCUCAGAAAGCGAAAGUUCGACAGCUGUAAUGGUAGAUAACAGUUUGGAAGAUUUGCAGAAGAGCUCAUCAAUGAUUAUGCCUCAAAGUGAUGUAACACAAAACAGGGUGCAUGUUAUGAAACAAGAAAUAAACAAUUUACGCCUUAAGAAUAACGACCUACGCGAUCAUACAUCAAUGCUUAGAAAGAAACUUGAUGUUUCACAAAAACAGUCCCUAAUGCUAUUGGAAGAUAGACGAUCUCUUCAAAAAAAAAACAUUGAGCAUUCCUUGGAGACUAUGAAGGGUAUAUUUAACCCAAGAGCAAUGAAGCUUGUAGAAAAUGCCACAUUAAGUGAUUCUUUUUCAAAAAAUGACCCCUUAAUGCUAGAGCUGACUGUGCCUGUGGUAGAAUCAUCCAACAUCCCACAAGAUAUGAACAGCCAGUUCAUCUGGAAUGGAAAGCAGACACAUAUUUUUCGCUGUCUGUUAAGUACAGGGCACUCUAUUUAAAUGCACAUAUGAGGCACGAAUUCUCAAAUACUUGGGACAACAUCCAAAUAUUGUCACUCUCCAGGGUAUCUUCUUUGUCGAGAAACAAUGCUUCCUUGCCACAAGUUUUGUGAAUGGGGGCACUUUGACUAACUAUUUAAGAAAAACAACUUAUAUCUCAAGAUGAGAAGUGUGUAGUAUAUUGCAGGGUAUUGAGCAUGCACUCUCUUACUUGCAAAGCAAGCAUGUAGCUCACAACAAACUUAUAACUAAUAACAUUUUACUUGAGCCAGCUGGGCUACUUUUCAACCCAUUCCUUGUUGGAUUCAGCAAAGC